UAUUCUUGUUUGUUUAACGUAGCUUCGUAUGUUUUACUAAAAACUUGAGGUUUUGGGCAAGGAUCUGUCGAAACUAAAAUAAGUACAGAAGUUACCCUGUUAUUCAUUUAGUAUAUAAAUGUCGCGACAAUUAUGUUGAGCAGCUAUUUCGAAAAUGUUACGUUAGCUAACCAAGUAAGCUGUCUUGAUAAUUAUUUGCAAAUAAGAAUGGCUAACGUUAAGUGAAUUAGCUAAUAUUGUUAACGGUAACUGUCAACAAGUUAGCGUUAAGGAACAUAUUAGCUGUGGGAGGCGCUCCUUAAAAAAUAAUGGUAGUAUGCGCUUUUGUAGAAAGCAAGUUAGCUUUAUUGCUGUAACAAUAACAUUAAACUGACCAGCUGGUUUGCAGUUUUGAUAACUUUACAGCGCGGAGAACCCAAAAUAAGACACGUAGAUGAAAACUUUUCUAUGCUGAUCGCUAUUCAUCAGUGUCCUGUCUGUCAUCGCACAGGAGCAGCUAUGGGUACACGAGAAGGCUGAGUACUUCUUUUACAGCUUAGGCUGCCAUCAUGGGGACCGCAUCCUCAUUAGUGAGCCCAGGAGAGGUGAUUGAGGAUGGAUAUGGGGGUGAAGGAGGGGAAGCCUGUGAGAUCCCAGUGGAGGUCAAGCCCAAAGCCCGACUCCUGCGCAGUUCCUUUCGCAGAGGACCUCGGGUGAUUGGGGCCAGUUUCAAAUCCACAGGUUCUGUGGAUCUAGAGUAUGCUGCUGAGUAUGAAAGACUCCGGAAAGAGUAUGAAAUAUUCCGUGUCAGCAAGAAUAACGAGAUCUCAUCGAUGCAAAAGAAGGAGGCCAAGCUGGAUGAGGAGAACAAGAGGCUGCGAGCUGAGUUACAGGCUCUACAGAAGACCUACCAGAAGAUCCUUAGAGAAAAGGAGAGUGCUCUUGAGGCAAAGUAUCAAGCUAUGGAGAGGGCUGCCACCUUUGAACAUGACAGGGAUAAAGUAAAACGACAGUUUAAGAUUUUCCGGGAGACCAAAGAAAAAGAGAUUCAAGAUCUUCUGCGGGCCAAGAGGGACUUGGAGGCCAAACUGCAACAGCUGCAGGCUCAGGGCAUCCAGGUCUAUGACCCAAAUGAUUCUGACUCAGAUGACAAUCAAACCACUGUCACUGCUGCAGGGACACAGUGUGAGUACUGGUCUGGAGGUGUGCUGGGAAGUGAGCCAUCUAUGGGUAGUAUGAUGCAGCUGCAGCAGACCUUUCGGGGCCCCGAGUUUGCCCACAGUUUGAUAGAUGUGGAGGGACCCUUUGCAAAUGUCAGCAGAGAUGACUGGGAUGCUGCAGUAGCCAGUCUGCUUCAGGUCUCCCCACAUGUACCCCAGGCCUUAUGGAGUAACACAGUGCGCUGCUACCUUAUCUUUACCCAGGAGACAAAAGCUGAGCUUGAUGUCUUUAUUAAGAAACACUCUCCUGUUUUACGGAGAAUGUGUGAGGGUUUAGGCCAUUUCUACCUGAAUGUCUGCUUCCCAGAAGAGAAUGCUGCCUCAUAUGUGAUGGAGCGCAAGCAGGAGAUGCAGAGGAGCUCAGUGUGUGUCCUUCUUGUCAAAUCUACUGUCACUAGCUCUGUGGUGGAGGAUUGUGAGGAGGCUUUUGUGAAGAAUCCAGAUGGCCAUCCACUGGUACUCUACCUCAGAACUUCAGAAGAUCAUACUUUGACUGGACACACCAGGCAACUGCUCGAAAGAGUAAAUGCUGCAGACAAGGCUGCUAAAAUCAAGGUGGUGGAUCAUAGUGGUUCUGCAGAGGAGGGGGCUGACUUGAUUUAUUCUCAACUAGAGAAAGUCAUCAAACAGGAGUUGCUGGGUCUUGAAGCAGCAGAUGUUGACUCUAAAGACUCUGGGAUAGAAGAGGGACGUGAGGAAGACUCAGGAGAUGUGCUGUGGGACCUGCAUGAUGAGCAGGAACAGAUUGAGUCCUAUCAGCAGGCCUGUAGCAGCACCACCUCCCAGUUAGGCUUCCAGAAGUAUAUAGAUCGUUUGAAUGACAUGAUAGCUGCUCCUCCUCCCACCCCUCCUCUGCUGGUCUCUGGUGGUCCAGGCUCAGGGAAGUCACUCCUGCUCUCAAAAUGGAUCGAGCAGCAGCAGAAGCAGUCCCCCAACACCUUGUUCCUUUAUCAUUUUGUUGGUCGCCCACUUUCCACAAGCUCAGAGCCUGUUCUCAUUAUCAAACGCCUCACUGUCAAACUUCUGCAGCACUUCUGGUCCAUUUCUGGUUUGUCCAUGGAGCCCAGUAAGAUCUUAGAGGAGUUUCCUCGCUGGCUUGAAAGACUAUCAGCGCGUCAUCAAGGAAACAUUAUCAUCAUCAUCGACUCUAUUGACCAAAUACAGCAAGCAGAAAGACAUAUGAAGUGGCUGAUUGACCCUCUCCCUGUCAAUGUCAGAGUGGUGGUGUCAGUCAAUGUAGAGACAUGUCCUCAAGCUUGGAGGUUGUGGCCCACACUCCACUUAGACCCACUAAGUCCCAGAGAGGUCCGGAGCGUUGUUAAUGCAGAGUGCCAGAGCAUGGAUCUCAAAUUUACCAAGGACCAGGAGAAGAAGCUGGAAAGGCACUGUCGCUCGGCAUCAACCUGCAAUGCAUUGUAUGUCACACUACUGGCAAGAAUAAUCAUCAGCAGUAUAUCAGGUUGGUCACUUGAGAAGAGCUUGGAGCAGUGUCUACAGUGUCAGGACACCAUGUCACUGUACCGCCUGGCACUCAAGAUGACGCUGAACUCCCUCAGCACAGACAGAGAGCGACACAUUAUGAGAGAGAUACUGUGCCUUGUCUGUGCCAGCCAUAAUGGAGUUAGUGAAUCAGAGGUACUAGACCUUUUCCCAGAACUGGAGCUGCCUGUCUUGUCUUCUCUGCUUUACCGUCUGAACAGACUCUGCUUUGUAACCCUCCGAUGUGGGCUCAUCAGGUUUCAACACCUGCAGGCUAGGGAAGCCGUAAGGUUGGAGUUCCUGGGUGGAGGAAGUAGCUCGGCUGCAUACAGAGAGAAACUCAUACAGUAUUUCAGUCAGCAACUCAGCCAGGACCAUGUGACGUGGCGUGUGGCGGAUGAGCUGCCGUGGCUGCUCCAACAGCAGGAGGAUAGGACGAAACUACAGCUUAGCCUCCUUAACCUGUUCGUCUCCCAAAACCUCUACAAGAGGGGUCAUUUCUCUGAGCUGCUAGCCUAUUGGCAAUAUGUGGGCAAAGAUAAAAGCUCCAUGGCCACUGAGUAUUUUGACUCCCUUAAACACUACGAGAAGAGCUGUGAGAGCGAAGACAGCAUGACAAAGCUGGCAAACCUGUAUGAGACCUUGGGACGUUUCCUCAAAGACCUGGGCCUCCCUAGUCAGGCUGUAGCACCUUUACAAAGAUCCCUUGAGAUUAGAGAGACAGCCUUGGACCCGGAUCAUCCUAGUGUAGCUCGCUCCCUGCAUCAGCUGGCUGGUGUUUAUGUUCAAUGGAAGAAGUAUGGCAACGCUGAGCAGCUGUACAAGCAGGCCCUGGAGAUAAGUGAGAAUGCCUAUGGAGCUGAGCAUGCCAGCGUAGCACGAGAGCUGGAGUCCCUCGCCAUGCUCUAUCAGAAACAAAACAAGUAUGAACAAGCAGAGAAACUCAGGAAGAGGUCAGUGAAAAUCCGUCAGAAGACUGCUCGCCAGAAAGGUCAUAUGUAUGGCUUCACUUUGUUGAGGCGCAGAGCCCUACAGCUGGAGGAGCUGACCCUGGGAAAAGACUCUGCAGAUUCUGCCAAGACACUUAAUGAACUAGGUGUCCUGUACUACCUCCAAAACAACCUGGAUGCAGCCAAAAUGUUCUUGGCCCGCUCUCUGGAGAUGCGUCAGCGUGUCCUCGGUCCAGAUCACCCAGACUGUGCUCAGUCCCUCAACAACCUGGCUGCACUGCACACAGAGAGGAGGGAGUACGAGACGGCUGAGGACAUGUAUGAGAGGGCGCUAGACAUCCGCAAGAGGGCCUUGUCCCCAGACCACCCCUCGCUGGCAUACACACUCAAACACCUGGCCAUGCUCUAUAAACGCAGAGGGAAGCUGGAAAGGGCAGUGCCGUUGUAUGAGCUGUCCCUGGAAAUCAGGGAAAAAAGUUUUGGCCCCAAACACCCCAGUGUGGCCACAGCCCUGGUCAACCUGGCUGUGAUCUACUGCCAACUAAAAAAGCACAGUGAUGCCUUGCCUCUUUAUGAACGAGCUCUGAAAGUGUAUGAGGAUAGUUUGGGGCGUACACACCCACGUGUUGGAGAGACCCUAAAAAACUUGGCUGUGCUAAGCUAUGAAGAGGGUGACUUUGAGAAGGCAGCAGAGCUUUACAAACGUGCAAUGGAGAUAAAGGAGGCGGAACCAUCGUUGGUGUGUGGGAACGCCCCGUCCCGCCACUCCUCCAGUGGGGACACAUUCAGUCUGAGGGGACCUGCUCCCCCCCCACAUGCCCCGAGGUGACUCUGAUCAACCAGUUUUAGCCACAGAACAAUACAGAGAGCUCUAACUACAACUGGAUAACAUCAACAUCAAAUCCCAUGGUUUUAUCACAAUGAGAAGCAUUCUGGUCAUCACACUGUGAUUGCUGUCUAGGUGGAUUUGGUCAAAUAGACUGUACCUGCCAGUAUGGUUAUGCAGUCUGCCCUUUUAAUCUGUGAAACCUGUAUAUUUACCACAAGUAUUUAUAAGUAUCUCUAACAUAAUCAUGUUUUUAGUCAGUCCUUUUUAAUGGAACUCAGGUUUACAUCAUUAAUUCAGACACUUUGUUCCUAUUUACAUGCCCCACAGUGUAUGUCAGUAAAAUAGCAGCACUUUUUGGCAAAUAACUCAUAAAAUAUGAUUAUCAGACAGAUUCUGUGCUUUCCACUGUACAGCGGAUAUUACUCUAUGCACUUUUUCCCUUUUUGUGAACUAGUGAUGCAGGUAUGAAGAUUUAUUUUAGAUGAAUAACCUAAACACUAAGUAGAAUAAAGGGCUUAAAUAAAAGAGCAGUAUGUCGGAUUUAGAGGGAUCUAUUUGCAAAAAUGUAAUAUAUUGUUGUGUUUGUGUUUGCUUCGAAUAAGCCUCUCAUAUUUACACAUAGAACAGGUCCAUGUAGCCUGCCAUAUUGCACAGCCAUGUUUCUAGUGUUUCUCAGUUGGUUGUAAUUUGCAACCUCGCCACUAGAUGCCACUAAAUCCUACACACUGGUCCUUUGGGGAGAUGAAAGUAUGAAACAUCAAAUCUUUGUACAACUCAGUCUGAUCAUGCUGUUUUCUCCUGCCAAAACUGUUCAGACCUCAAACUGUUUUGUGGCCAAGCCUACAUUCCUGAUGUUUUAACUGAAGAAUUUUAGAGAGCUACUGUCUCUGAAAUAUAAUAUCCGUUGUUUUUUUUAAAGGGUAUAUUUAUAUGCCUUCAAGAUACAAUUAAUGUUUACAUUAUGUAUUGUUUUAUCAGUAUUAAGUAUGUAAUCCAAAAAUAGAAAAUGUAGAACCAAAGACUGUUUAAAAACAAGCCUAAACUGUGUCUGAGAAGGUGACACAUCUGGCACUGAUUUCAUGUGGUUUAUGCAAAAAUAAAUGUUUGCAUAUUUAUUCAUCAACAAAAAGGAUUUUAAGGGAUUUGCCAAAACCAUGGUAGUGCCACAUGAGUAUCCAGGUUAUCUAACAUGAG